AUGGCUGCGUCGGUUCUGGAGGAGGAAACACGUUAUGGCUCGAGUCCUUUGGCAAUGCUAACCGCCACCUGCAACAAAUUCAGCAACACCAGUCCAGUUCGUGACACAGCUACACCUGGCAAAACAGGAAACGCAGUAUCAGUAAAGAAAAUUUACAGCAUGACUUCCGACCUUCAGGUACCUAAAAAUGGCCGAACCAAUGAAGACCUCGUGGACUCUUAUAGUAACUCGUUCAACACAGGUGGAGGCCUGCUCACCCCUACAGGUAGCCCCCCUUUACCCACAGGAUCAUACAGCUCUGAAUACAGCCCUUUCUCCUCCUUCCAGAGCUCUACAGCUUCUCAGGAUCCUUCUCUUUUGGUGACCAAAGCACAUGCCACAGCAGACUGCCUUACUAGUGUUUACACCUCUCUGGACAUGACACACCCAUAUGGCUCCUGGUACAAGGCAGGUAUCCACCCUGGCAUCACCACUGCACCUGCCAAUGCUACAUCAUCUUGGUGGGAUGUCCACCCAGGUUCCAACUGGUUAAGUGCAGGCCAGACCCAGCCAGAUGGUCUCCAGGCCCCUCUGCAGCCUGUGGCUCCACAGGCAUCCCUUAGCCCUCCUAUGUCCAGCUAUAGCUCUGACUUCACUUCCCUUAACUCAGCACCAUAUUCUUCAGUGGGCCUCAGCUCUUCUUCACACCUUCUUCAGUCCUCACAGCACAUGCUCCCACAGGACAUGUACAAGCCCAAGCCAGUAUCCAGUGGCGGCCUUAUUGAGAGCUCUAUGGGCCUGAAGCCAGCUCGUGGUUCUGGGGCAUACACAGGCGGCACCACCACCAGCAGAUCCACCUGUGAUUGCCCCAACUGCCAGGAGCUGGAAAGGCUGGGUGCAUCGGCUGCCUCACUGCGCAAGAAGCCAGUACACAGCUGCCACAUUCCAGGCUGUGGGAAGGUCUAUGGCAAGGCCUCACAUCUCAAGGCACACUUGCGCUGGCACACAGGUGAACGUCCCUUCGUGUGCAACUGGCUAUUCUGCGGAAAACGAUUCACACGCUCCGACGAGCUGGAGCGCCAUGUGCGCACACACACACGUGAAAAGAAGUUUACAUGCUCACUGUGCAACAAGCGCUUCACACGUAGCGACCACCUCAGUAAGCAUCAAAAGACCCACUCAGAGACCAGUCUGCAGGGCAAAGCUGGUGGGGGAGAGGGUGAGACGGAGCCCAGGGUGCCAGAGGAAUCUGCAGAUCACAAUGAUGGAGCUCCAACUGUUCCUGGAAAUGGCAUGCAGGAGCACACAGCUAACGGAGAGAAGAAAAAUGCAGGAAACGCAGUGGACAACACCAGUGGACUGCUGGAGAUAUAA